CAGGCGCACCAGCCCUUCCAGGUCAUCCUGCGCUACACGUCGACCGACGCCCCCGCCAUCUGGUGGCUGGACCCCGAGCUGACCUACGGCAGCGCCAAGCCCUUCGUCUUCACCCAAGGCCACUCUGUCUGCAACCGCUCCUUCUUCCCGUGCUUCGAUACGCCCGCUGUCAAGUGCACCUACUCGGCCGUUGUCAAGGCCCCGUCGGGGGUGCAGGUGCUGAUGAGUGCCACGCGGAGCACCUACGUGGAGGAGGAGGGCGUCUAUCGCUUCCACAUGGAGCACCCCGUGCCCGCCUACCUCGUGGCCCUGGUGGCCGGGGACCUGCAGCCGGCAGACAUUGGGCCCAGGAGCCGUGUGUGGGCCGAGCCAUGCCUCCUGCCCACAGCCACCAGCAAGCUGUCGGGCGCCGUAGAGCAGUGGCUGAGCGCGGCCGAGCGGCUGUACGGGCCGUACGUGUGGGGCAGGUACGACAUCGUCUUCUUGCCGCCCUCCUUCCCCAUCGUGGCCAUGGAGAACCCCUGCCUCACCUUCAUCAUCUCCUCCAUCCUGGAGAGCGACGAGUUCCUGGUCAUCGACGUCAUCCACGAGGUGGCCCACAGCUGGUUUGGCAAUGCGGUCACCAACGCCACGUGGGAGGAGAUGUGGCUGAGCGAGGGCCUGGCCACCUACGCCCAGCGCCGCAUCACCACCGAGACCUACGGUGCUGCCUUCACCUGUCUAGAGACGGCCUUCCGCCUGGACGCCCUGCACAGGCAGAUGAAGCUCCUCGGGGAGGACAGCCCGGUCAGCAAGCUGCAGGUCAAGCUGGAGCCAGGGGUGAACCCCAGCCACCUGAUGAACCUGUUCACCUACGAGAAAGGCUACUGCUUCGUCUACUACCUGUCCCAGCUUUGUGGGGACCCCCAGCGCUUUGAUGAGUUCCUCCGAGCCUACGUGGACAAGUACAAGUUCACCAGCGUGGUGGCCCAGGACUUGUUGGACUCCUUCCUGAGCUUCUUCCCAGAGCUGAAGGAGCAGAGCGUGGACUGCCGGGCAGGCCUGGAGUUUGAGCGCUGGCUCAACGCCACCGGCCCACCGCUGGCCGAGCCAGACCUGUCUCAGGGCUCCAGCCUGACCCGGCCCGUGGAGGCCCUGUUCCGGCUGUGGACCGCCGAGCCCCUGGACCAGGCCGCCGCCUCGGCCAGCGCCAUCGACAUCUCUAAGUGGAGGACCUUCCAGACGGCGCUCUUCCUGGACCGGCUCCUGGACGGGUCCCCACUGCCCCAGGAGGUGGUGACCAGCCUGUCACAGUGCUACUCCUCCCUGCUGGACUCCAUGAACGCCGAGAUCCGCAUCCGCUGGCUGCAGAUCGUGGUCCGGAACGACUACUAUCCCGACCUCCACCGCGUGCGGCGCUUCCUGGAGAGCCAGAUGUCCCGCAUGUAUACCAUCCCGCUGUACGAGGACCUCUGCACCGGUGCCCUCAAGUCCUUCGCCCUGGAGGUCUUCUACCAGACGCAGGGACGGCUGCACCCCAACCUGCGCAGGACCAUCCAGCAGAUCCUGUCCCAGGGCCUGGGGCCCAGCGCUGAGCAGGGUGGCGCCGGAGCGGACACAGACGCCGACCCGCCCGCCCUGCUGCUCGGGGACGAGGCUCCCAGCAGCGCCAUCUCCCUCAGGGACGUCAACGUGUCUGCCUAGCCCUGAACCCCCGGACACCACCACUGUGCCUUCCGCGGCCCUGGCCUGCCAUGACUGCGUGUCUCUCCGGCCACGAGCUCCACCCGGGCCUCCACGCCCCCUGCGGGCUCUCCCAGGGACCCUUUGUGGCCAGCCGAGCCCCGUGGACCUCGACCUCUCAGCUGUCUUGCACUGCAGGCCCCCGAGUGGCCGGCGCACACCACGCCCUCCUGUCUCAACACUGACUGCCGGGCGCUGCCCCUGGCGUGACGGCCCCGCUGUCCGCUGGCGACCACCACACUGUGCCUUACAUCCGCCGGAGGCCGGGGCCGUGCUGCCCGACUGCGUCCCUCCUCCCCGCGGAGCCCCGCACCCUGCCUCUGGGGUUGGCCCCUGGCAGAAGAACGAGGAUGCAGAUGUGCCCUCCGUGUGGGGGCAGGGGACAUCGAGGAGGGUGGACGUCCCUGGGGAGGGACCCCGGAAAGCCUUCGCCCCUCAGGGAACACGGGGUCCUGGCUCUGGGAGCAGGACCAGACGCCUGCCUCAGGGCUGCCCUGGGACGCUUCAGUGGGAGCCCAGGGGAAGGGCAGGUGGUGCUAGUGCUCUUCGUAGGCCACCAUGCUGGGACAGGCCUGGGGACCCCAGUGGUCAGAGCUGGGCCACCCAGUGGACCACUGCCACAGGGUCACCACGAUUGUCCCAUUAAACCUCCACUCUGAAAGCGA